AUGGGCCCCUGUACCGCCUCCUCAUGCUGCUGCCAGGCCCGUAAUCUGCCAUGGGCCCCCGUACCGACUCCUCAUGCUGCUGCCAGGCCCGUAAUCUGUCAUGGGCCCCUGUACCGCCUCCUCAUGCUGCUGCAGGUCCAGAGUGUGUCAUGGGUCCCUGUACGGCCUCCCAUUGCUGCUGUCUCCAUCGCCACACUCUGCCAUGUGCCACUUUCAGGUCUCCUCUCACACUGCUGGUGGGUUCCAUUUUGUCAUAGGGUGCUGUAUGGCCUCCCAUUGCUGCUGCCUCCACCGCCACACUGUGGCUCCACACUCUGGUUUUGGCCCCGUGACUGCCCAAAUGAGUGAAGUGUGCGGUGAUUCUAAGAUCGACGGCACUCAUCUGCAUGUCAUACUGACUGACAGUAUUAUUUCUCUUCCCCCAGCAGACUCCAAGGGCAUUUAAAUUAAAGGUACAGUGUUCUGCACUAAUAUAA